ACCCGAUCUUUCUGCUUCUCUCUUCCGCCGAGUAGUCCUCUCAAAGACUUCGAGCUUCUCUCCCCUCUUCACUCGUUCCGUCGAGAAAUUCUCUCGUUCCCUCUUUUCCAAGCGCGAGGCAUGGCGUCGUGGUGGAACCAGCUGGCGAUUCUCGGCAUUUGCGCGCUGGUCGCGGUGCUCGUCGCGCCGGCGGCGGCGAAGCGGCCCAGCAAGGAGGAGGUGAUCGCCGAGGUGAAGAGCGCGCGCGAUGCACUCAAGAACCCCGCGAUUUCCAGCAAAUACCGGAUAACCACCACCUUCCUCGACCACUUCAUCCCGAAAUUGGGUAAGUAGCAUGAAAGCUCUCUGUAAAAAGCUAC